AUGACAGAUGAUAUAAUAUUUAAUCAUGAAACGGAACAAAAUCGUCGUAUUAGUGUUGAAUUUGUAGAAGAUGAUGAUGAAGAUCAUUCAAUAUCAUUAACAUCUAAAUGUUCAAUUGAUGAUCAACCGAUGGAUAAAGUUGGAGGGUUGGAUGAUAAAAAACUUAAUUCAUUAUAUGAUAAUUGGUUAGAACUUGAUGCAGAAUUACGUACCUUUGAAUUAAAACAUAAAGAAUAUGUUAGAAAAUUAGAUGAAGUAGAAUUACUUAAAACAAAAUAUAAAAAUGAAUUUGAUAAAUACAAAAAAAGAAUUUUUACAUUACAAAAAGAUGUUGCUCAAUUACAAAAAUCAUAUGCGAAAAAAGACUCAGAAACAAAGAAAACCACAUUAAAUUCAAAUCUGAAAAAUUCUCAAUUUACCGCGAAUCUCUUAAAGAAUAGACAUAACUUAUGUGCAGUUAGAUCAUUAUCUCAUCAACAUGAAUUACCAUCUGUUAAUUCAUCCCCAGCAUUAGAUAAAUUAGCUGAUACAUUAUCAUAUGUUGAACGUUUGAAUCUCAUAUCUGAUCGAUUAAAUACCAACUCAUUAUAUCUAUCAAGAAUCUCGAAUACAUUACCAAGUAAAGAUUCAUAUUUAAAAGUAAUUCUUGGUGGUGUUGAUGUAUCAAUAUUAAAUAAAGCUGAAAAAUGGAUAUACAAAGAAGAAUAUGAAAAAUUUAAAUUUAUUGUUACUUGUAUUUCAUUAGUGUCUUCACUUGUUAUUUGGUCAUUAACAUCACGUUAUCGUGCAUUUGAUGCAUUAUUUCAUUUUUUACUUGUUUGGUAUUAUUGUACAUUGACAAUACGUGAAUCUAUUUUAAUUGUCAAUGGAUCAAAUAUUAAUCCUUGGUGGAGAGCUCAUCAUUUUAUAACAACAGUAGCUACAGCUAUUUUAUUAACAUGGCCUGAAUCGGAUUCCUAUCAUACAUUUCGCACACAAUUUUUUAUCUUUUCAUUUUAUCUUAGUUUUGUUCAAGGUCUUCAAUUUUAUUAUCAACGUGGUUGUCUCUAUCGUCUUCGAGCAUUAGGUGAAACACAUGAUAUGGAUAUAACUAUUGAAGGAUUCCAUCGUUGGAUGUUUCGUGGAUUGUCAUUUUUGGUUCCAUUUCUUCUUGCUGGCUAUUUAUUUGAAUUAUAUAAUGGAUAUACAUUAUGGCAACUAGCACAUGCACCAACUACUCAUGAAUGGCAAGUAUAUGUAUUAUCAAUAAUAUUUUUUAUAUUAUUUUUGGGUAAUAUUUCAACAACAUUAAGUGUUUUACGUGAAAAAUUUCGUGAAAAAGCUCGACCAAUAUUAUUAAAACAAAAAUAUCAAAGUUUGAAAACAUUCCUAUCAACAAAUUAUUAUCGAAGAUCAAGAUCAUUUAACCAACUACGUUUUCCAAAAGGAGCAAUCCACUAA